GCCUUUUAACUUGAAGUGAGGUAGCGAUCAAAACCGAAAAUAUGAGUUCAAUCUUGAUGCUCAAUGAUCUGGAGGAGAUAACGUUGGAUGCAGAGCAGAUACAAGAUGAUUUGUUGAAGGAGAUACUCACACUUAACACCAACACAGAAUACCUCAGACGGUUUCUCCAUGGAAGCUCUGAUAAGAAACUGUUCAAAAAAAACGUACCGUUGGUGAGUUACGAAGAUGUAAAGCCUUAUAUCGAACGUGUGGCCAAUGGAGAGCCUUGGGAUGUGAUUUCAGGUGGACUUAUCACUAGAUUCCUCAGAAGCUCCGGAACUUCAGGAGGGAAACAAAAGAUUUUUCCUGUGAACGAUUUGGUCAUAGAGCAGAUGGGAAACAUUUUUGCUCUACGCUCUCUCGUUAUGUCCAAGCAUUUCAGUGACGAGCAAGGAAAGACAAUGGAGUUUCAUUACAUUAAACCGGAAUCCACAACCCCAUCUGGUUUACCCGUUGCUGCAGCAUUUACAAGUUUUUUCAAGAGCGAUUAUUUCAAAAACCGGCCAUCAAAAUCUAAGUCAGAGUACACAAGCCCCGACCAAGUCAUAUUGUGUCCAGACAACAAGCAAAGUUUGUAUUGUCAUCUUCUAUGCGGGCUUUCCCAAAGAGACGAGGUUGUGAAAGUUGGUGCUACUUUUGCUCAUUCCUUGGUUCGAGCUAUUGAUUUUCUUGAAAGAAACUGGAAGGAAUUGUGUAGUAAUAUCAGAUUAGGCCAUGUUAGCGAGUGGAUCACCGAUCUUGACUGUAGAAGCUCUGUUUCGGUUAUUAUCAGAGUACCUAAUCCCGAAUUGGCGGAUCUAAUUGAACAAGAAUGCAGCCAAAAGUCAUGGGAAGGUAUAAUCACACGGCUUUGGCCUAGAGCCAAGUUUAUUCAAUGCAUUCUUACAGGACAAAUGGCGCAAUACAUUCCAAUAUUGGAGUUUUAUUCCAACAAACUUCCUCUUGUUUCCACAGUAUAUGGUUGUUCUGAAACUUUAUUUGGGUUAAAUGUGGAUCCUCUGUGCAAACCACAAGACGUGUCCUACACGUUUGUGCCGAAUAUAUCUUACUUUGAAUUUCUACCUGUUGAUCAUGAUGGAGACAUGACCAGCAUUGUUGAUCUUGUCAACGUCAAGUUAGGGUGCUACUAUGAACCUGUGGUCACUACUAUUUUCGGUCUAAACAGAUUUAAGAUUGGAGAUAUUCUACAGGUGACUGGUUUUUACAAUAGGACUCCUCAAUUUAGAUUCGUACGCAGAAAAAAUAUGGUUUUAAGCGUUGAAACAGAGGUUACAACUGAAGAGGACAUUCUAAAGGCGUUGGCUUGUGCGACAUUUGUUCUUGAGUCUUCAAAUUUAAUGUUGAUGGACUUCACAUGCUUCGCUGAUAUCUCCAGUUUUCCAGGCCACUACGUUUGUUACUGGGAAAUCAAAUCCAAAGACGUUGUUCAGCUUGAUGAAAAAGUGUUGGUGGAAUGUUGCUCUGUAUUAGAGGAAUCAUUUGGUGCUGUUUAUAGACUUAAGAGAGGAACUGGAUUGAUUGGAGCUUUAGAGAUAAGAGUGGUGCAACAAGGAACAUUCGAUUCUCUAAUGGAAUAUUUCAUCUCUCGAGGUGGUUCAAUGGCUCAGUAUAAGACACCCAUAUGCAUCAACUCUCCUGAAGCCUUAGCAGUUCUUGAAAAUAACGUUCUUGCUCGAUUCUACAGUGAAAAAUCUCCUCCUCUCGACUCAUAGUUCUUUGUGUUCGUUCUAUAAUGCCUAAUCCCAAAUAUAAGGUUAUUUGUAAUAAGUCAUUUGCAGCGCAUCUUUUAGGAGAAGACUUCUUUUUCACGUGAUCUCCAAGUCAAAUUUUAUGUUGUGGUUUUUUUUUAUAUUUUCGAAUUCUAUUUGGUUUUAUGUAAAGAACCAUCAAAGCUAACAUACACAUGCAUGAAACA